CAGAUAUGCAAACAGCAGACCGCUUUUUCAGAACUCUGUUCAAACAGACAUGAGCUAAAGAGGAACACAUAUUUCCUUUACAUUUAAUUGCUCGUUCAAUCUGACCUUCACAUUCUGCUGGCUACUUAAGGUCUAUGAAGAUCUCAAACAGCAUUUAAAAAAUGCAAUCACAAAAUAGCAGUCUGAUCGCACAACAGCCUCUUGAGUUCCGAAUAGCUGCAAUUACCUUCUAUGCGAUUAUUUUCACAAUUGGGCUUUUCGUAAAUGCAACUGCAAUCUGGGUCUUCAGCUGCACCACUAAGAAAGGCACAUCCGUGAACAUAUACAUGACAAAUGUGGCUCUACUGGACCUCAUUUUCAUAAUACUGCUGCCUUUCCACCUAAUUUACUACAGUAAGAACUACUGGCCUUUUGGCGAUGUCUUCUGUCGCAUCAAUGCUGCCCUCAUCAUAUUUUACCCCAGCAUCGCCCUGUGGCUUUUGGCUUUCAUCAGUGUUGAUCGCUACAUGGCAGUAGUGCAACCUAAACACAGCAAGGAACUUCGUAACAUUGGCAAAGCUGCUAUAAGCUGCGUUGGGAUCUGGGUAAUGACAAUUAUCUCUGUUCUUCCAUUCAUGUUUUCCAAGAAUGAUCCUGACAGGAUUUCUAAUUUUACAACCUGCUUGAAAAUGCUCGACAUUAUUCACUUGAAGGAAGCCAACAGUCUGAACAUCAUUCGAGUGAUUUUCUUCUUCCUUCUUCCCCUCUUUAUUAUGAUAGGAUGCUACUGCAUUAUCAUCAACAGUCUCAUAAAAGGAAGGACAUCCAAACUGAAGCCAAAAACAAAGGAAAAAUCAAUUAAAAUAAUCGUAACACUCAUUGUUCAGGUGCUUCUUUGUUUUGUUCCGUAUCAUGUCUGCUUCAUUUUCUUACUAUUACAUCAUAGCCGUAGUAAUUUCAAUGCCUGGGCUGCCUUUACAACAUUCCUGAUGAACCUCAGCACAUGUCUUGACAUGAUUCUGUACUACAUAGUUUCAAAGCACUUUCAGGCCAGAGUCAUCAGCGUCAUCUACUAUCGGAACUACCUGAGGAGUGUACGAAGGAAGAGCUUCAAAACUGGAAGCUUCCAUUCUCUCAGCAAUGUCAACAUUAGCAAUAUGUAAAUUAUGUAAUAUGGACAAGAUAAAUGUCUGGUUUUGUGUUUCAGUAUUUCCAAGUACUUUAUAAACAAGUACAUUUUUAUUUUUGUGUGAAUGCAGUACUGUAAUUGAAAUGCCACUGCAGAUAAUCAGCCAGUUAAAAUGUUCAUAAUGUUGUUAAUGAACCAAAAAACAUUGGUCAGAAAAUUAGGUGAAUAUCGUUCUACAUAUCUGUGAGAAUGCUCUCAGAUAAAUUCUCAAUAAAUGCUUAUCCUUGAAUAUUUAACAAUGAAAUCACACUGCUUUGUAAUUUAACAACUUUGCCAUCCUGUUACUAGAUCAUCAACUCAAAAGAUGCAUAAGUUCUGUAUGGUUCAUAUCUUGAAUAAUGGGAUAUAUAUCUUGCUGGAGUGAAGCAUUGAGUGGAAUCUGGACACAAAUGACAGCAUGUGAUUUUAAUUGCCAUUGUUGCUCCUGGUAGAUCCAACCUAAUAAAUUAUCUUCAGCAAGGCAUAGGGAAAACAUCUAAACUUGAAGAUGAUACAGAUAUGAACAAGAUCAAACUCUAUUGAAAGUGGGCCCAGUUAUUUUUUUCUUGUUCAUGUCAGGGUCUUGAAGUCUUGGAAUAAAAAAUGGAAGCAUUUGAGAACUACCUGAAUGUGUUGAUGAGACAAGGUUGCUCAGACAUGAGGGGACUCAGUCCUGAGAAUGCCAUUGAAUGUCAAGGACAGGUGGUCAAAUUCUCUCUUGAUGUAGACGAGCAUUCCCUAGAAUUUCUGUGGUCUAAAUGUUAUUUUACACUUAUCAGCCCAUAUCUGAACGUUGUGUAGAUCUUGCUAUUUGUUAAUGCUGAGAAGUUGCAACUGGAUUGAAUGGUGUACAAUGUCAGAGAACAUUCCAACAACAGUCCUUUAAGAUGGAAGACAGGAUC